AUGUUGAAAACGUGUGGAAGCGUCGCGGUUAACGCGUACAUGCGUCGUUUGCUGCUGCAAGGAGCUGUUCGAAAUCUAUCAACAAAUGCAGCGCCCAAACCCAAUGACCAGCAGAAACCGUCCCGUUCGUUUGUGAUGAACCUGUUCAGUGGAAAGCUUCAAACGGCCGAACUGUUUCCGUAUCCGGAACCGCUUAACGACGAGCAGAAGGAGUACGUGCAGGCGUUCAUCGAUCCUACGGAAAAGUUCUAUCGAGAUGUGAACGAUGCGGCUAAAAACGACUCAACGGAAUCGGUAGAACAGGCCGUCGUGGAUACGCUUUGGGAUCAAGGAUUCCUUGGGCCGUUUAUACCCACCGAGUACGGUGGUUUGGGAUUGUCAAACACACAAUCGGCGAGGAUUUCGGAGGUGGCCGGUAGCUACGAUUUGGGCAUGUGUAUCUACGCCGGAGCUCAUCAGACGAUCGGCACGAAAGGGAUCGUGAUGUACGGUACCAAAGAGCAGAAGGAGAAAUAUCUGCCUCAGUUAUGCACCGGCAGGGUGUUUGGGGCAUUUGCACUGACAGAACCUGGCACAGGAUCGGAUGCGGCUUCGAUAAAUACGAAAGCUGUGCUUAGUCCUUGCGGCAAGUACUACAUCCUAAACGGCACGAAACUCUGGUGUUCGGGUGGUGGUAUUGCGAACAUUUUCACCACCUUCGCUCAGGUGGAGGUCGUUGAUCCUCAGACGGGUGAAAAGCGCAACAAAAUGACGGCUUUCGUCGUGGAACGGGCAUUUGAGGGUGUUAGUACAGGACCUCCCGAGAGCAAGAUGGGCAUCAAGUGUUCGGUGACGACGGAGGUGAUUUUUGACGAUGCUAAAGUGCCCGUUGAAAAUCUGCUGGGUGAAGUUGGACAUGGAUUCAAGAUUGCCGUCAACAUCCUUAACUCUGGACGGUUCGGGUUGGGUGCUAUGUUGUCGGGAACGAUGAAAACGUGCGUCGAAAAGGCGGCUGAUCACGUGAGCAAUCGUGUCCAGUUCAAGCGGAAGUUGAUCGAGUUUGAGAACGUGCAGGAAAAACUCGCCAUGAUGGCCACCUACCAUUAUGUGGGGCAGAGUCUCACGUACAUGGUGUCCGGAAACAUGGAUCAGGGUUCGGUAGAUUUCCAUCUUGAGGCGGCUGUAAGUAAGGUUUUCUGCACGGAAGCAGCCUGGUACGUGUGUGAUGAAGCCAUCCAACUGCUAGGAGGCAAUGGUUUCAUGAAAGCCAGUGGAUUGGAACGAUUCCUGCGCGACAUGAGAGUGUUCCGCAUCUUCGAGGGAGCCAAUGAUGUUCUGAGGAUGUUCAUCGCACUGACGGGCAUCCAGAAGGCAGGAAAGGAUCUUCGUGAGCUUCAGAAGGCGCUCAAAAACCCGCUGGGCAAUCUGGGCGUUGUCCUGACGGAAGGAUCAAAACGAGCGGGGCGUAGCAUCGGAUUCGGAGGAACGGAUUUGGGUUCUUUCGUUGCCAGUGAGCUGCAACCAGCAGCAAAACAGUGUGCUGAGUGUAUGGACGUGUUCAGCAAGACCAUUGAAUCUCUGCUCGUGAAGCACGGCAAAGGCAUCGUCGAAAGGCAGUUCCAGCUUGCCCGAGUUGCGGACAGUGUCAUCGAUAUCUACACGAUGGCGGCGGUACUGUCACGGGCGUCCCGAUCUGUUCGUAAAGGACUUCCUUCGGCCCAACACGAGAUUCUGAUGACGCAGAUUUGGUGCCAGGAGGCGAGCAACCGUGUGCACCGUAACAUCAAUCGAAUCAACUCGGGCGCAUUUAAGGAGCACUAUCAGAAGCUUGCGCAGGUCGCACGGAACGUGUCGGAAAGGCGAGGCGUAGCGCACACUAAUCCGCUAGAGAUAGAUUAA